UGCUAAUGCUGAAAACACGGACGCCCGUAAGAGACAAAGAACUUGUUAUGUGGCUUCCUGGAUCACGUGUCUGAUAGUUCGAUAUCAGCGAGCCCGGACCCCGAUAACGCAGGAGAAUGAGAUAACAGUUUGGGAAGCACAAUCCGUUAGCCCAUCCCAUCUCAGUGGGGUCCCAGCGUUUCGGAACGCACAGACAGGUGUGUGUUCUUCUCUGUGGAUUUUGUCCCAAGCUGCCACUUCUGUUCUGUCUGUAGCCACUGCAGACCUCACACGCAGGCCGGUCAGUUAUUCAUUUGGAGGUUGUGGAAGGUGGGGGGGGGGGCAAUUAAUGAAGACAGAAUAUAAGGGAAGAGAGAAAGAGUGAAAGGGAGAGAAUGAGAGAGGGAAUGUGGAAGGGUAGAAUGAGAGAGAAAGAGUGAAAGGGAGAGAAUGAGAGAGAAAGAGUGAAAGGGAGAGAAUGAGAGAGGGAAUGUGAAAGGGAGAAAAAAAGUAAUUCUUCUUCAUGUUCACUGUUUUUGUUUCCGUGUGAGCGCCAGCGUCCUCUGUAGACAGAGUGUGGCAGGGUAGCAGUUGUUAGGUACAGUUGCUGAGGCCCUGCUGUGUUAGGUACAGUCACUGAGGCACUGCUGUGUUAGGUACAGUUGCUGAGGCCCUGCUGUGUUAGGUACAGUCACUGAGGCACUGCUGUGUUAGGUACAGUUGCUGAGGCCCUGCUGUGUUAGGUACAGUCACUGAGGCCCUGCUGUGUUAGGUACAGUCACUGAGGCACUGCUGUGUUAGGUACAGUCCCUGCCUGUGCAGGAUGUUAGGUACAGCCCCUGCGUGUGCAGGAUGUUAGGUACAGUCCCUGCCUGUGCAGGAUGUUAGGUACAGUCGCCCAGGCCCUGCUGUGUGCAGAAUGUUAGGUACAGUCGCUCAGGCCCUGCUGUGUGCAGAAUGUUAGGUACAGUCGCUCAGGCCCUGCUGUGUGCAGAAUGUUAGGUACAGUCUCUGCCUGUGCUUACACAUACAGUAGGUUUAUAUUGAGCCGUGGCUCUGUAGAAAGGAAAGAUUGUUAAAGGGCGUGUGUCUGGAAUAUAGCUCCAUAAAAUGCCUUUGAAAAUGCCCUAUUGAAAAAGUCUUAUCUCUGCCAUAAAACUGAGUUUGACUAUUGUUUUGUGAGCCUAUUCUCAGCCUGUCCCCUCUCACUGUGUGAAGUUCAUACAACUCCCCCCAAACUCUGAGUUAAUCAUUAACCCUUUGUUAUAUAUAUACUCUGAUUUUUAUCUUGCUCACUCUCUUAAUACAGUACAGUAGAAUUGCUAAUUAUCUGCUGAAAGGUGGUCUACCUCUUUUUACGGGUACCUGUGCUGUCUCUGAUAUUCUGUGUUUCUGGUCCCUGUGCUGUCUCUGAUAUCCUGUGUUUUUGGUGCCUGUGCCGUUGGAGUAAGUGAAUCAUGGUGGUGGAGGUUUUUAAGUGCCUGUGGAGGUAUCGGAAUUACCUCAUCAUCUUCCUCACUCCCCUGCUCAUCCUGCCCCUGCCACUGGUCAUCCAAACUUCGGAGGCUAACUGUGGCUUUGUGAUCAUCCUGAUGGCUCUGUACUGGUGUACAGAGUGCAUCCCUCUGGCUGUGACUGCCCUGCUGCCCGUCAUCCUCUUCCCCAUGAUGAAGAUCAUGGAGUCCGGAGAUGUGUGUGUGCAGUACCUGAAGGACUCCAACAUGCUGUUCAUCGGCGGGCUGCUGGUGGCCAUCGCGGUGGAGCACUGGAACCUGCACAAGCGCAUCGCCCUGCGAGUGCUGCUCAUCGUGGGAGUGAAGCCUGCGCUGCUGAUGAUGGGGUUCAUGAUCACCACCGCCUUCCUCUCCAUGUGGAUCAGCAACACGGCCUCCACCGCCAUGAUGCUGCCCAUCGCCCAGGCCGUGCUGGAUCAGCUGGCCCGCACCGAGGAGGCCCAGGAGCUGGAGCGCCCGGUGGGCGCUGGCGCGGACAACGAGGGCUUCCAGAUGGGCGACGUCAAGGACAGCCCCACCAAGGAACCCGUGGGCGACGAGGAGUGGAGCAGCAGUGUGGUGGAGCAGCGGAGGCUGAGGCUGGCGCAGAAGUACCUGAAUCUGUCCAAGGGGAUGAGUCUGAGCGUGUGCUACGCUGCCAGCAUCGGGGGCACCGCCACCCUCACCGGCACCACCCCAAACCUCAUCCUGAAGGGCCAGAUGGAUGCGAUUUACCCAGGUAACGGAGGUAUAAUAAACUUCGCCAGCUGGUUUGGGUUCUCCUUCCCGAAUAUGCUGCUGAUGUUAGUCCUCUCCUGGUUCUGGCUGCAGUUCAUGUAUCUGGGACUGAACUUUAAGCAGACAUUUGGCUGCGGGUCGAAGGACAAAGGGGACAAGGAGGCGUACCAGGUGAUGAAGAACGAGUACAAGCGCCUCGGAGACAUCAGCUACGCCGAAGGCUCCGUCCUCGUCAUCUUCGUCCUGCUGGUGGUCCUGUGGUUCACCCGGGAGCCGGGAUUCAUGCCGGGCUGGGCCACCGUGCUGUUCAACCAGGAGAAGCCGUACGUGACGGACGGCACGGUGGCCAUCUUGAUGUCCACUCUGUUCUUCCUGCUUCCGGCGCGACUGCCGAGCUGUUUCAGCAGAGAUGCUGAGGGUUCCAGGAAGGCCCCGCCUACCCUGCUGGACUGGGACGUGGUCCAUGAGAAGAUGCCCUGGAACAUCAUCCUGCUGCUGGGCGGGGGCUUCGCCCUGGCCCGGGGCAGUGAGACGUCCGGGCUCUCUGAGUGGUUGGGGAACAGUCUGGCUCCGCUGAAGAGCAUCCCCCCAUUCGCCAUCUCUCUGCUGCUCUGCCUGCUGGUGGGAACCUUCACCGAGUGCUCCAGCAACACCGCCACCACCACCCUGUUCCUGCCUAUCCUCGCCUCUAUGGCCACUGCCAUCAAGCUCCACCCUCUCUACGUCAUGCUGCCCUGCACCAUCUGCGCCUCGCUGGCCUUCAUGCUUCCCGUGGCCACGCCGCCCAACGCCAUCGCCUUCUCCUACGGAAACCUCAAGGUCAUGGACAUGGCCAAGGCUGGCUUCAUGCUCAACAUCAUCGGUGUCCUGACCAUCAACUUUGCCCUGAACACCUGGGGAACCGCCAUGUUUCAGCUGGACACCUUUCCUGACUGGGCCAACGCCACAGAAAAAAACUAAUAUAGGAGAGAGAGAGAGAGAGAGAGAGAGAGAGAGAGAGAGACAGACAGAGGGGGGAGGGAGAUGGGGGAAGAGAGGUACUGAGAGAGUGUUGGAGGGAGGGAGGAAAGGAGAGAGCGAUGGACGGAGGGAGAGAGUUAAAUACUCAUAAUGGGUCUGGGUUGGGCCUCUUGUUAUUUUACACUCACGCCCAAACCUUCCCCCCACAGGGGCCUCUGGUCAGUUUGCAGGUACGAGUGCGUCCCCCUGGGAGGGGGCGGAGCUUGGAUAAUUAAUGUCCUGGUGAGUUUGAUUACUUUUGCGCACACAGCAGACCGGUAGCAUUUGAUCCUUUUUUUUGGAUUGCAAACACUGUUCCUCAAGGACAGCAAAGCCUGUUUCAUCCUCUGUGUGUUUCCUAAUAACUGUUUUUAAAUUAUAGACCUAUGGCAGAAGAACUAUGAAGACCGUACAUAUUUAGGUGUAUAUAUUAUUUUUAAAGGAUAAUACAGUUAGCAGCACAUUUUGGUACUGUGAAAGCGGAUGAUAUGCUGCUGGCUGUCAGUGCUGUACUUGUAAAAUGUUUCUUUUUAUCGUUGUUUAAAUAGUGUUUAUAUAUUAGUUGUACUGAAGUACAGUGAAAAUAAAUGCUUAACUUCACAGUU